AUGGCUCGCAAUGGGCCGUCCGCGCUCAUCCUCUCGUACAUCCUACACGGCCAUAUCCCCUACUACAUUGGCGGCCAUCAUGACGCGAUUCUCGACGCGAAACUGCAGAAGUCGCCCAACCUGCUUCAUCUGACGCCAGACCUCUACGCGCAUUUCCUGUCCUCGUUGCGCUACUCGACCCAAGCGCUGCCCGUCAACACGCUGCUCGAUACCCUCGUUCGACCGAAUGCCGACACCGAGUUGAAUCCUACGUCCUGCAUUGAGUGGCGGUACGAGCCCGACAAGGCGAUACCCCAUGUCGCAAUUGGAGACACGGCGCAUGCGGGCGGACAAUGGGCGGAGAACCCGGUCUCUGCGAGCGCGGACAUUGGGACACUGAGUUAUGCGGAACAGCUGAGCCUCCCGGGCUAUUCGUACGCGGAUCACCUGGCUAAGAGCGGAAGGGAGGAUGAAGCCGAAUUCGUGCGGCCAUCGAGGGUGGAGGUCGCCGACUACCUGAGGACAUACCCGGAAGCUGUUGGUAUCGCCGAUAGCAUCUACACUGGGUUGAAGGUCGAAAACGUACAUCGAACGGUUCGCGGCUUCUCCAUUGGCAGUCUCGGGAUCCGGUGCAAGCAUCUCGUGCUUGCCUCUGGUAUCUUCACGGUCAACAUCCCGCCGCCUCAGUACCUCGCGCCCGUUGCGCAGAUGGAGUCGCCAGAGGCGCCUCUGCUUGUCAUUGGAUCUGGAUUCUCUGCUGCCGAUGUCAUCAUAUCAGCACCUCCCACUCGCAGGAUCAUACAUAUCUACCAGUGGGCUCCUGAGAAGAGGCCGUCUCCACUACGAGGCUGUCACCACACCGCAUACCCGGAGUAUGCGACAGUCUAUCGCCAAAUGAAGCUUGCAGCAAUCGCCUCAAAGAAAAAGACCGCAAAGUCCCCUUCUGUACGACGAAAAUCAAAUCCAUUCCAACAGCGCGACUGGUCCCUCUACGAAGGCCAUCCCAACGCCGAAGUCAUCAGCGCAUCCCCCUCUGGAAAAACAGCGACCGCCACCCUCCGCCUCCCAUCAGGAGAAACCGUCACGCGCGAAGUAGGCGGCCUAGCCUACGUCGUCGGCCGCCGCGGAACCCUAGAUUUCCUCUCCCCCAACCUCAUUGCCGAGAUCCUCAACACACCCGAGCACACUACUCCUCCCGACUCCCCUUCCAUCCACCUAAUCUCCGGUCGCACCCUCCGCGCCAAAGCCGAAGCCACAUCCCUCGAAGUCGCCCGCGACGUCUUCAUCAUCGGCAGUCUAACCGGUGACUCCCUCAUCCGGCACGCAAUCGGCGGCUGCGUCUUCGCUGCUGGCCGCAUCUUAGGCGCUAUACCGACAUCUUACUCGCCGUACAGUUCCCCCUCGCCUACUUCCUCGACACCGCGGUCUGUGUCGCCGGUGUCGACGUCUGAUACUGAGGUUGCGGCUGAAGAUGGACUUGCUGGUCUUGCUGGUUUGAGGAAGGAAAGGAGUGGGAGGCGCACACCCGGUGAGGCGACGAAUGGUCAUGCGGAUUUGCAUGUUGAUCGCAGGAAGCUGGUUAGGGCGGUUGAGACGGCGCAGGUGGAGAAUAGGUAUUGGGUUGACUCGGGGUGGUGGGCUGGUGGUGGUUUGGGGCCGGGGAGGCGGUGA